AAAUAAGGUUAACUUCCUUUUAUCCGGUACGAGAAACCGUGAGUAUACAUCACCAAGAUGGUGAAGAUUAUGAAAAAUGGGAAAGUCGUGCUGAUCCUUAGUGGUCGGUACGCGGGGAGAAAAGCCAUCGUGAUGCGCAACUAUGACGAUGGAACCACAGAAAAACAAUAUGGACAUGCUUUGGUGGCAGGCAUUGAUCGGUAUCCACGCAAAGUCCACAAAAGGAUGGGGAAGGGAAAGUUGCAUAAACGUUCCAAGAUCAAACCUUUUGUUAAGAUUCUAAAUUACAAUCAUUUAAUGCCAACGAGAUACACGGUAGAUUUACAAUUGGACAAAAUAGCCCCUAAAGAUCUCAAAGACCCAAUGAAGCGCAAGAAGGUUCGUUUCCAGACGCGCGUCAAAUUUGAGGAGAGGUAUAAAAAUGGUAAAAACAAAUGGUUUUUCCAGAAGUUAAGAUUCUAAUUGUUUCUAAAUAAAAAGUCUGAUAUACAGAUAUAA